AUGAGUGACAAGAAGGAAAGAUGUAAAAUAGCCAAGACAACUAAUAAUUUAUCACAGGCAAUAGGUGAAUUAAUAAAAGCAUCUGGUGUUCGUCAAGCAUUAGUACGUCAACACAAAUUGAUGAAACCAGAAAAUACGACCACAGUUCUUGGUGCUGAUUUUAAUCAUAUAAAUAUAAAUUCAAAAUUAACCCAUAUACCUGAUCCUCAUAUUCCUAUUCCAAACGAUGUUGUUACAGUUAGUAAAGGAAUAACAAAAAUAGCUGAAGUCAUGCAAAUAGUUAAUAAACUUGCUCUUCCGAUUGCUAUAACAUUGGAUGGUCAAACAAUUAAAACCGGUGCUUCUAUUGUUGGUGGAUGGACAGGUGGUAUUGCAGGAGGAAUGGGAGGAGUUGAAGCAGGUGCAGCUUUUGGACGUUCUAUAGGUGCACUUUUUGGUGAUGUUGGAGUAAUACCAGGUGCUGCUAUUGGAUCCAUUGUUGGUGGAAUUUUGGGCAGUAUUGGUGGUGGUAUUACUGGAUCAUAUGAUGCUGAAGCACUGACUGGAAUAGCAUUUUUCAAUGAUGAUGAGGAUUCGGAUGAAGAAGAUUGA